GUGACGCUAGAUCCGGACACGGCGCAUCCCAACCUGGUUUUAUCGGAAGAUCGGAAAAGCGUUCGUUUCGUGGAAGUUCGACCCCGGGAUUUACCCGACACCCCGCGACGUUUCACCAUCUACCCCUGCGUUUUGGCGGCACAGGGUUUUACCUCCGGUCGUCACUACUGGGAGGUGGAAGUUGGCGAUAAAACCCACUGGGCUCUCGGUGUUUGUAAGGAUUCGGUGAGUCGGAAAGGGGAAUUAACGCCGUUACCGGAAACGGGAUAUUGGCGGGGGCGGCUUUUGGACAGCGAAUACGCGGCCACCACCACCCCCUUCACGCCGCUGACGGUGCGGGUGAAGCCCAAGCGCGUGGGGGUCUUCGUGGACUACGAAGCCGGGAAAGUGGCUUUUUAUAACGUCACCGAUCGCUCCCACAUUUACACUUUCACUGAUACUUUCACCGAAAAGAUUUGGCCGCUUUUUUAUCCCGGUAUCCGUGCCGGUAGGAAAAAUGCGGCACCUCUCGUUAUCCGUUCGCCUACGGAUUGGGAGUGA